UUGAAGACAACCAGCCAACCCACCGACAACGCCAAACUCCAUCUCGCCCCACGACAACCCAGAAUCGCCAGGCAAGAUGAAGUACAUCCACUCGGAGGAGACGCUGGAGAUUCCAGCUGGAGUCAAGAUGCACAUCAAGGCUCGCCAGAUCACCGUCGAGGGCCCCCGCGGCAAGCUGGUCAAGGAUCUAUCCCACAUCGCCGUCAGCUUCACCAAGCCCAAGGCCAACGUUAUCGCCAUCCACAUCCACCACGGUGUUCGCAAGAACGUCGCUGCUCUCCGUACCGUCCGCACCAUCCUUAACAACCUGAUCAUCGGUGUCACCAAGGGCUUCAAGUACAAGAUGCGCUACGUCUACGCCCAUUUUCCCAUCAACGUCAACCUGGACAAGAACUCUGAGGGCGUCUACGAGGUCGAGAUCCGAAACUUCAUCGGCGAGAAGCUUGUGCGUCGGGUCGUCAUGCAGCAGGGUGUUGAUGUCGAGGUCUCCAAGGCCCAGAAGGACGAGCUGGUCCUGACCGGCAACUCCCUCGAGGCUGUGUCUCAGAGCGCAGCAGACAUCCAGCAGAUCUGCAGAGUGCGGAACAAGGAUAUCCGAAAGUUCCUGGACGGUAUGUACGUGUCGGAGAAGGGCAACAUCGUCGAGGAGGCGUAAAGAAAGGCAGCCACCAGGCCUUCGAUUUCUUUGUGCUUUUCUGGGUUCACUGGAGUGGCAGGGGGUUCAUCAAUUGGGACUUGCAUGUCAAGUAGCAAGACGCUACGGGAUUCUUUAAAAAAAAAUCGGAACUUUGACGAAUCAAUCAAUCGCUCCUCGGAGUCACAGAACUGGCGCCCGAAUGUACCUCUGCACGAACGUGAGCGGUUGACACAAGGCGGAGCAGUUACUGCUACAUGCAUGGAGAUCCCAGGGCAUGCUGCGGCGUGUUCUUGGGAAGUCUGCUAAACCAAUCACAAUACCACACAAGCCGUUUGAUAACAGACAUGACAGCAAUCUGGU